AUGUUUACCUAUCUGUCUGUCAGUCUGCCGUCAACCACCCAGAACGUCAGCCAGUCAGAGCGUCAGCCAUUCAGAUCAUCAGCCAGUCAGAGCGUCAGUCACUCAGGUCGUCAGCCACUCAAACCGUCAGACACCGAGACCGUCAGACACCCAGAUCGUCAGUCACUCAGAUCGCCAGUCAUUCAGUACACCAAUCACUCAGAUCGUCAACCACUUAGACCGUCGGCCAAUCAGAGCACCAAUCACUCAAAUCAUCAACCACUUAGACCGUCAGUCAAUCAGAUCAUCAACCCCUCAUACCAUCAACCACUUAGACCUUCAGCCAAUCAGAGCACCAAUCACUCAGAUCUUCAACCACUUCGACCGUCAGCCAAUCAGAACAUCAACCACCCAGAUAAUCAGCUGUAA